AUGGGUGAAUUUGAAGUCAAUUUGCAAGCCCUGAUUAGGCAAAUCAGAGCUGAGCAAUAUGAAAUCAAAGUUCAUGCUCUCGCAAGUAUGUAUGAGUUUUUACGUGACAAUAUUGUUCCUUUUUCAGUAUUUGAAGAUGAAUUCGAUGAUCUUUUCGAAUCCAUUUUCCAUGAAGUUGUUUAUUGCAAGUAUAAGAGUGACCACGACUUGGCGCUAGCAGUUAUUUGUGUUCUUUCAUUAAGUUAUGGAGAUUUGAUUGAAGAUAACGUCGUAGAUUUCAUCAAACGCCUAAUUCCAGAGUUUGAGAAUGCUACAAACAAAAACUCGUUCAUGUUCUUUGCAAUUGCCUUUUCAAUGGCCUUCUCCGUAGAUAAUGAUGAACUUUGUGAGAAAUUAUUCUCAGAAUACAUCGAAUUGAUCCUCAACAAGAAAGGUCGUCCAAUGAGAUUAUCACCGAUGUCAGUUUCAUACAUAUUUACCGGAUUAAAUUUAUUAAUGUCAAUAUUCUCAGCGAAGUACGCCACUGAGACCUUUAAAUCUGAUCUCGAGGCAGUAAUCAUCCAAGGCAUACACAGUGCUCAUGCAGAUAUCGUAAGACCAGCGAUAGAAAUGGCCGGUGUCAUUUACGAGUCAUAUCUCAACCAGGAACGUAACUAUUACAUGCAGGAAGACCAAUCCAGGUUAUUUGCCAUGCAGUUCCUUAAGAAAUUGGAAGAAUCCGGAGAUAGAAUUGGGAAAAAGAGCGAAAGCAAAAGUAUUAAGGCCUGCUUACUACAAGUACAAGGUUUCUUACAAGGAAAGGAAACAUUCGUUAAAUACAAAUUCCUUGAACAAGAAAUCAAAUUUAAUAAUAUUCAAUCUCAGAUCAUUAUCAACUGUAUCAAGGAUAUCCUUAAGACAGGAUUCCAGAUGCACAUGAUAAAGAACUCCCUGAUCCAGUCUAUUCUCGAAUACCGCUUGGCACCACUCAGAGAAGGAAUAAUCAACAGCAAGACGAUCAGAAAAAUUCAGCAGUCGAGGGAAGUUAAAAAAGACAGGGACCAAGACAGGGAAAAGAAGAGGAAGCAGAAGGAAGAGAGAAUGGAAGAUGACCAUUUCUAA